CUUUUUGCCAAACCCCACCAACAUUGCGACUACUGCCAUCAUCAUACCCUAACCCCAUCCUCUCUUUCUGAAACUAUCUUUCUCCCGUGCUCCAUCAUUCUUUUCAAAACACCACCUCUCCUACCACUCUCUUUUCCUGCCACCAACUUUCAUCUCUAGCCAUCUUUCUUUUCUCACCUUUUUUAAACACAACUACACUCAAGCCAUCUCACCACCACUAUCUGACCUCACUAUCUGGCAUCAAAACUUCGCUGCACCUUAGAUCUGCAUCGUCUCUUCUGGUAACUAUAUUAUCGUAUAUAUAAAGAAAGAAAAAACUUCUUCUGCCACUUUCUCUACGACACCAUUUUUCAUAUCCAUCAUCUUUUUAUUUCAUUCCCAUCAUUCACCAUUACAACCUUCUAUUCUGAUUGCCAUCAUCCAUCGUUGUUGUCACUCCACCGCCACCACACCUUAGUUGCCAUACCCUACUUUCGUUACUCAUAAAUCAAGUUCAUCACCAAUUUCCUCCAACAAUGAACCAAGCCAAUCGAGCCCGACUUCCACCGUUCAUCCCAAAUCCAGCUAACCCAGACUUCCCUCCUCUGCCAACUCCAUCAUCCUCCAUCUAUCCAUCUCGCAGCCAAAUCGACCCGUUGAACCUGUGGGCCCCGCCCUUCCGGUCCGGGCUCCACUUUCAUGUAUGGGAGUCUCCACGAGGCCUCCCUCGGCACGCCCUCCGCCUCCUCGUCCCCCACGAGUCGGCCUGCCCGCCCCCUCCCCCUCCUCCUCCUCACACUCUCCCUUGCCUCUUUACUCUCGCCCCCUCCCCGCCCUCCUUCGAUCGCCCCAAUUCCAUCCCGGCCCCUCCCCCUCCUCCCCCCUUGCCCCCUUCUCCGCCGCCCCCGCCGCCCUCCUCACGCCCGCAGCCGAUGGGAGGCAACGCUCGCGAUCGAUCUGUCCGCAGCGGUCGCAAGGCUCGUCACGCUGCCAAGCACCAGCCUUCCUCCUCCUCCAACCCCCCCGCCGCCGCACCCCCGCCGGCCUCCUCCUCCUCCUGCUUCCCCUACCCCUCCCCCUCCCCCGCCCCCGCUGACGGCGAUCCGGCCACCGGCCAGCCCACCCCUAACCCGAACCCUAACCCCAGCGACGCCUACGACGAUAACGGAUGGGGCUACUGCACCGAGGAGCAGCUCGAGGAGCUCCUCCUCAAAAAUCUCGACUUUGUCUACCGGGAGGCGCUCAACAGGCUCGUCACCCUGGGCUACGACGAGGAGACGGCACUCCGGGCGGUGCUUUGCAGCGGCCACUGCUAUGGAUCCAUGGAUGCUCUAUCCAACAUCCUCCAAAAUGCCAUGGCGCACCUCAGCUCGCCGGCGACGGCCGGGGACUGCGACGCCGGCAGCGGCGUCCCGGCGAGCGGAUUCACCGACCUCCGCCACCUCCAGGAGUACUCCCUCGCCGGAAUGGUGUGCCUUCUUCAACAAAUCCGCCCCCAUCUCAGCCGAGGCGACGCCAUGUGGUGCCUUCUGAUGAGCGACCUCCAUGUCGGUCGUGCUAGUACCAUCGACAUCCCCGCCCUCCCCCCGUCCGCCACCCCCUACCCCGCCCCCACCCUCGCCCCAGCCCCCGACUCCGCUGCCGGAUGCGGCGCUGCUGAUGGCGCCGACUGUGCUCUGCCGCCGGCCGCCCUCUGCAAUUUCCAUGCGGCGGCGGGCGGCGGUGGGAGCACUGAUCUUCCGCCGGCCAUGAGGCGGAAUGCCAAUGCCUCGGAGUUGCCCCGGGGUGCUGGCUUUCUUCCGUGUCAGAAGCCUCUGCCACGGCCGAGGGCGGAGGUGGGCUUGGGGUCAUCGUCCUUGGAGCAACCGCAGGGCGAUGCCUCUGCCGCUGUUGUUGGGGCAGGGGAUGACGCCCAAGAGGAUCUUGUGGACUCUGUGCUGAAGUCAUUGGAGGCGAUGAACCUCGAGGAGGAAGGGAAGUCGCUGGAUGGGGCUGAGGACCACAAAAAAGAGAUGAUUUUGGACCUUGUUCGCCAGAUUAGGGAGCUCGAGGUUCAGGUGAGGGAUCGAAGGGACUGGGCUCAGAAGACGGCGCUGCAGGCCGCUCGGAAGCUGAGCAAUGACAUGAUUGAGCUGAGGACACUGAGAAUGGAGAGGGAGGAGAACCAGCGCGUGAAGAAGGGGAAGCAGGCGCUGGACGAUGCGACGAUGAAGCGGCUGACUGAGAUGGAGAAUGCGCUAAAGAAGGCGAGUGGACAAGUGGAUCGUGCGAAUGCUGCUGUCAGGAGGCUGGAGACUGAGAAUGCCGAGAUACGGGCUGAGAUGGAGGCAUCAAAGCUGAGUGCAUCGGAGUCUGCAAGGACUUGCCUGGAAGUGGCGAGGAGGGAGAAGAAAUGCCUGAAGAAGGUGCUGGCAUGGGAGAAGCAGAAAGAAAAGAUUCAGCAGGAGAUUUCCGAGGAGAGGAGGAAGAUUGUAGAAACCGAGCAGAAAUUGGCUGAAGUCAGGUCAGCAUCCAGAGAGACUGAGGCAAAAUGGAAACGAGAAAUAAAGCUUAGAGAACAAGCCACUGCACAAGCUGACGAGGCACGUAGAGCCAGAGAAGCUGCUGAGAUUAAUGCCAAGAGAAGACUGGAGGCACUGCGGCAGAAGCUUGAUGUAAAUUUUCAGCGCCACAGGGAUGACAUUAAAAGGCUCGAAGAAGAACUUUUCCGUCUCCAAGCAGCUGCAGCAUCAACCCAGCCGAACAAUCCAUCCUUUAAUGUUUUGAACCCAGGAGAUGCAGAUGCAGUGAAGGCACUGAAAGAAGGCAACGAAAAGAUGCAUACUGGUUUCAAUAAACCACAAGGGUCAUCUCGAAAGCUGAACCGCAACAGAGUGUGUGUGAUCUGCUUGAAGGAUGAGGUGUCUGUGCUUUUCCUGCCUUGUGCUCAUCAGGUUGUUUGUGUCAACUGCAAUGAGGACCAUGAGAAGAAGGGUAAAGGGAGCUGCCCAUGCUGCAACGUCAAGAUUGAUGAAAGGAUCCGUGUUUAUGGUGCAAGCUCUUAGAUCAAGUUGGAGCAUCGGUUGCUAGGGUGACAUGAUCCAGCAAGGUGCAAACUGAACUUGUCUUAGCAAGAUUUCAGCUGAACUUUGGUGAAUAAGUUUUUAUUACUAGCGUAAAUUUCUGGUCGUGUUCAUAUCAGCAUAUGAAUAGUCCAUGGUUACUUCUGCUUUAUGUUACCGUGUCUUUUGCUUUAUGUUGUCGUAUCUUUACAUGUUGAAUAAACCUGAGCUUUUGUAAAUGAAACUUGAAAUAAAUCAUCAUGUGGGACUUUAGUGGUGUUCUGUAAUAUAUGUCCUGGUGCUCUUAAAUGUUAGUGAGUGGUCUUCGAUGUUUUGGCUGCUGUU